AUGCUGCCCGUGCAACCGGGAUCGUACAUCAUUGGCGAGUUUCUGGAAGAUUGGAACAACAUCAAAAACAACCAAUGCUAUAUUUUGCUUACGCUGAACGAUGGCAUAGUGUACAAGCGUUUGGAAAACGAAAUCAAUCGCCAGCAACGCCUACUCCUCAAGUCAGACAACACCGAGUACAAGCCUUAUUACCUUUCGGUUGAUGAGGUAAUUGAAGUGUGGCAGGCCAAGGGCAUCGUGAGCUUUGAUGUGCCACACGAAAGGGCGCUGAACGACCUCAACAACCAACGCCUGAUGCAAAUGAUGGAUGAAAUGCGCGCAGAAAUUAAGGUAAAUACCCACAAUCGCUUUGAAAAGCUGGAGUACCGCACCGAAGAAGAUUUUUUACAGCAUCUGCACCUGAACGGGGAAGACACCAGCCUGAGCGAAAAGACGCAAUACAUUGAGGUGUUUCCCAAAAGUAUUCUCAAUCGGGUGACCAGUCCGGAUAUUGGCAAGAGCUGGAGCAUGAACCCCUACCAGGGCUGCGAACACGGCUGCACUUAUUGCUACGCCCGCAACAGUCACGAGUACUGGGGCUACAGUGCCGGCAGCGAUUUUGAGCGCAAAAUACUGGUGAAGAAAACUGCGCCCUACCUCUUGGAAAAAGCAUUUCAAAAAGCCAGUUGGCAGCCAGAACCCAUUAUGCUCUCCGGCAACACCGACUGCUACCAGCCCAUUGAAAAAGAACGGAAGAUUACCCGCGAAAUUCUCAAGGUGUUUGAAAAAUACCGCCACCCGGUGGGCAUUAUCACCAAAAACGCCCUCAUUCAGCGCGACAUUGACAUUCUCAAAAGACUGAACGAGCGCAACCUUAUCCACGUGAGUAUUUCCAUCACUACCUUGGAUGAGAAAAUACGCAGGGUGAUGGAGCCCCGCACCGCCACCGUAAAACGCAGGUUGCAAACCAUUGAGCUUUUGGCACAAAACGGUAUUCCCGUAAACGUGAUGUUUGCCCCGGUUAUUCCCGGUUUAACCAGUCAUGAGGCCAUGGCCAUUGCGGAAGCCAGCAGCAAAGCCGGGGCGAUAGCCAUGAAUUAUACCAUGGUGCGCCUCAACGGACGUAUUGCCAUCAUAUUUAUGGAUUGGGUAAAAAAGAACUUCCCUGAUCGCUACGAAAAAAUUAAACACGGCAUUGAGGAAGCCCAUGGAGGCAAUUUAAACGACAGUCAAUUUGGCCGCAGAAUGAAAGGCGAAGGCAAGUUUACCGAGCAGGUACAGCAAAGCAUUGCCCUGGCCAAAAAGAAAUUCUUUGCCGACAAAACCUACCCGGAGUACAACUGUGAUGAUUUUUUGAGGAUUCCGAAAGGGCAGUUUAGUUUGGGGUUGUGA